UCUGCAAAGCUCAGCUGAUUAGAUUACCAUGGGAACCGAGAGCUGAUAAGAUUACCACAGGAACGCAAAGGUUACUUCUUACUAGUGUCAAAUUCUAAGUUCCAUAAUCUAAGGCCCCAUGGAAGGUCGUGAAUUUUCAUUGUUUAAAUCACAUUAUCAUAUUAUCAAAGUAUUGUACUUUUUCAAAAGUGUGUUUCUAUUUUGAAAAGUCUGUUAUAAAAAAUACGGCGUACAUAUUAUUGUACUCUAAAAUGUAAUGUCAGGAAAAUCUAAUUUUACUUGUUAAAAAUAUUCAUGUUUUAUUGGUCCAGUUCUAAUGAAUAUUUUAAUUACCUUGGCCUUGGUAUUUAUUUACACUAAUUUACAAUUUUCACUCAGGAAUGGUAUGGACUGUGUUAAAUGAUUGUGAUGACAAAACCACCCUUCCAAAUUACUUGAAAGACCUUUACUCACGCGAACCUCAACAAGUUGAUUCCCUCCUUUCUACUCUUAUAAAUCCUUAUGACACCAAAAAUGCUUUAGAUGUGGAGAAAUGCUUAUGGGUGAUAUGUGGAGGUCAGAAACCAGAAGAUUUUACCAGAAUAAUCAAGUCCAAUGAUAGAUCAGUUAUUUGUGGCCUGGUGUGGGAUGCCAAUUUCAUUGCCUACAGAUGUAAGACAUGUGGAAUUACCCCUUGCAUGUCACUGUGUGCUGAAUGUUUCGAAAAUGGUGAUCACGAAGGCCACGACUUCAAUAUGUUCAAAUCUGGAGCAGGUGGUGCAUGUGAUUGUGGAGAUGUUGAAGUCAUGAAACCUUGUGGAUUUUGUUCCAGACAUGGGCCCAAGUCGGCCAAAAACUUCCGUGAAAUCCCUGAUGAUGUCACCUUGAUGGUUAAUCUAGUUGUUCCAAAACUUAUUGAUUUCCUACUCUACAAGUUGGAGGAUGCAACACGAGAUAAGCCUAACAAGAUGGAUCGUGGGGACGAGGAAGUAGCUAAACUCUUACUGCAACUCUGUGAAAUGGGCGAUAUCACCAGAAAUGUUGUAGCUAAGGGCAUGCUCCAAGUUAGAAAGAACUCUUUAUCAGAAUCAAAGGUUCUCUUCAAAGGGGAAGCUUCCAAACAGUCGAUACACAAAUACAGUGUGAUAAGACGACAAUCAUCUACUGAGAAUAGUCAGCCUCCUUCCCUCCCUGAUUCAGCAAUUCAGAAUAUUUCUGACGGAGAGGGUCCCCCUCUUCAGAGUGUAGCUGAUAGCAUUCUCUCCCUUCCUGGACCCAGCAAAGACUGUGAUCUCCCUUACCUCGGUUAUGAAGAGGAACAAAAAACAGUUCUAGAAACUCUUCUCGAUUUACUCAUUGAGCUAAAAUUUCCUCAAUAUUUGGUGACUUUAGUUUUGAGCAUGCUUCAAGAAACUGAUUACAAGCAACAGUUCAUGGAGGCGUUCUGUUCCCGUUACGCUAAAAUAGCUAAUCUUCUGACUCAUAGAUUUGAACCAGACGAAGAUCAGAAACUUUGCAAUCGCCUUGUCCACGCAAGUGUGCAACUAUUCAGCAACGAAAACCUAACUUUUAAGAUGGUACAAAACAACAAUUUACUGAGCAUCAUAGUGUCUGCAUUGUCGGAUUUAAUAUCACGGACUCUGAUCAAGGUGGAUCAUGACACUGAAGACAAUGUGAACUCUAAAAGUCUCUUCGUAGUCAAUUGUAAUCACGAUAUUAUCUCUCAUCACAGGUACUGGCCUGUGGUCAGCGAUUUUCACAACCUUCUCUCCCAUUCCAAAAUAGCCACACAUUUCCUGGGCGAAGCAGCCCUGAUCAGGCGAUGGAUGGGAAUCUUAACCCAUUUCACUGGAAUGAACAAAAACAUCAGGCACCUUAUAGUUCACAUACCAUACGAGAGCGUAGUUUACCAGUAUGCGUACAGCACAGAGAUAGAAGCAUCAUCUCACAUCAUGACAAACUUGUUAUCAGUGUGCACUUCUCCGUCCGAGAGUGACCAUAUCAGACUAGUGUUAAGCGAGUGUGUCAGGGCUCUAAGGUCCUGGUUCAGGAUGAUCCAAGUUCAGAUUGUGAAACCCUUCCUAGAGCCUCUAAACGGGGAGGAGUUCACUCCGAGCGGGCCAAUACCGAGACACGAGAUAACGUUCCACCUGCCGCUGCACAGGUACCUAGCUGGGUUCAUAUCACAAGCUAUCAAUUACUGCGGGAUGACUCUGGAGGAGGUGCUACCCAGUGAGGAGGUGUUGUGGUGCGUCAUGGAACAUGUCCUCAGAAUUCAGGUUGGAAUAGGAGAGAUACUGUCAGGAUUGUGGGUACGGAAUGGUUACAGUCUCAGAUCACAAGAGGAGUUCUACUUACAGGGACAGUACUGUAACCAAUGUGUCGACCUCGACAUCUUUCUUCUUCAGGUUUGUGUGAUGGCACUGGAUAGCGACCUUCUUCUCACUACCCUUCUACAAAGAUACAAACUGGACUCUUGGUUUAAGUUCGGGGACUUUGCUUCUUCUACCCAACCUGCUGAUACUGAUGUUCAACAGGCACUAGUAGAGAGUAUGUUGAACCUGAUCCUGCAGCUUGUUUACCAGAGAAUGUACAUGGGACUGUCUGAGGAGAGAAUGGUACAUCUGGAGGUGGUUACUAAGCUAACUAUGGGAGAUUUCACUCACUCCCAACUAACUGAUAAUCUCCCUGAGAAACCAGGGAUAUCAGAGCUCACAGAGCUAUUUGACGAAGUGCUCUCCAAAGUCUCCGACUACAAACAGCCCACGAACGAAUCAGGUCAGCUAACCCAGGGUAUCUACGCUCUUAAACCUGACCUGUGGAAGAGCGAGUUUCAGCCGUUACAUGUAAUGUUGCGGGGGAGUUACAAGAGGGGAUAUCAGCUUGCUAUGGACAAGUACAAGGGCUGGUAUCAGUCACAGAACAAAACUAAGGUACAAGGACUAUGGCCUCCCUUCAGGACCCCCCUGGCCCUCAACCCCCAGUGUAAGCCUCUGUACCGUAUUCUGCACAGCCGUACACUGCACGCCAUGCUCUUCACUGUACUGUACAAAGCUAUGCGGGAGACAGAGACUGUUAAUGAUAACAUGAUCUACCUGACUUUCUAUCUGAUAGAUCUCUGUGUUGAUGCUCCUGAAGAUAUAACAACUCCUGUUCUCGAAAGAGGUAGUCUGAAGCCAGAUAUAACAGUAGCAGAACAGGAGGAUGGAACAGUCCCCCAAGCUAUCGUCAAGUGUAUCCUCUUCUUACAAGAACACAGACAUCUCCCUACUUUAUAUAAAGGUAAAGCAGUUGAACAGAGGGUUCAGGAGCUGUGUAGAAAACUGAUCAGCUCUCCUCACACCUUCAUUAUCAAACCCGACCAGUACACGCUCCAGGACGUAACAGAAGCGUUGUUACUGAUGUGUAACAGCAGGCUACAACCGCCGCUGUUCGCGCGGCUCUAUAACGCUGCCAAACAGCUGUCCCUAACCACCGGUAUCGGCACGGCCAUGUACGAUAAGAAGACGCAUAUGUACCACAUACAACAAGUGCUGGAGCAACUUCCACCUCAUCGGUACAAGAUGAUAAACCUCCUGAUAUACUAUUUGAGUACGCUGGUAAAGGAGGAGCUGGCCACGCUGGAUCAGAUCUGUGCUGUUUAUGUCCCUGAAGGAGUGGACCCUACUGCCUUCUCCUCAAUUAUAAGGUGUUACGAUUGGAUAUUUAGAGUUAGGAAACGACAUUCUGGUACCCUGGAGAGCAUGUUCGAUAUCAAGUACAAGUCGGACAGGAUUGUUAAGAACGCUUAUCAAUGUGUUAUGGGUACAAGCCUUGUCCAGUGUAUGUACGAGAUUAGAAGAAGCUGGCUCAGAUUGAUUUCUCUCAAAGUCCUGGUUCCAGCAACGCUUACACCACACAUAAUGGUACGUUUACUCCGCAACUCUCAGAUAUUGUGUAGUCUGGUAGUGUCACUUUGUGUUGUUCAUCGUAUCCGUGUGAGUGCUAUCUCCAAGAUUCUAGAUAAGCUGAGUGAACGUGAUCAGAACAAUGCUAAGCUGCUCCGCUCCUUGGAGCGUGCAGACGCCAGCACACCCGACCGUAGCACUAGCCCCUGCUCAACCAGCGAAGCUAAGCGCAAGCGAGCCAAGGAGCGCCAGGCGAAGCUGUUGCAACAGUUUGCUAGUAAGCAGAGGAUAUUUGAGGCCCAGAUGGAAGCAGAGAAUCCAAUAUCUUUCGUUGAAGAAGAGACGAACGAGGCAAAGCCGACUUAUUCCUGUAUAAUCUGUAGUAUCGACAGUGUGAACACAGAGAUGAGACCUAUUGCUACCUUUGUCCUGUGUCAACCUGCCUCACUGCUUCUCCACUGUACAGCUCCUGAUACCGAGCGAGCGAUAAUGGACGAUCGAUUUGAAGAUAUCCCGACCCUGCACUCCACACUCCACGACCACUACACCACCCUCAAGAUGCUCUUCUCCUCCGGUUCCACUUGGCAGGGAAUAGGACAGCGCGCGCAGCCUGGGUUACACGUGCAAAGUUGCUGUCAUUAUCUGCACGUGGAGUGUUAUAAAACAUACAGUGACAGUCAGAGAAGUAGGAGUACUGACCCUCUUCAUAAUCCUCUCAAAGGUAAAGAGUUGUCGUGUCCUACAUGUCGGAGACUCUCUAACACAGUCCUACCUCUCCCUCCAGAACCCUUCUUUAAACCUUACUCUCCUACUGAGUUGAAGAUUCCAGUGUCUCCAGCCACCCAAAUACCACUACCCUUUACACACUCCUGUCUUGACAAGUCCUACCAGUCCUCUAACCCAAUUAACUGUUUGGGCUGCUCCUCACACAAACUUCACAACAAGAUAAAACAGGUGAUACAGCAGGCCCCUAUAGACCUAGUUAACGCUACUAUCCUGAAAGCAACUAAAACCCCGUACUAUACCUCCGUGGAACAGUUCGUCAACUCUCUCGAGGACUACUACAAGAAGUACGUUGAACAGAAGACCCUAUCCCAGCAAGACAUCCUGAUCCUGUCCCUACACACGACGCUGCAGUGUGAGCUGAUUGAGAGGAAUAACAAUCUCACCACUGAUCUGGAAUGUUCCAGGAAAUACUGCACUGGUCGCCUGAUUAGCGUGCUGGCCACACAAUCCAACAUGUUGAUAGAAUGUCAUUCCAGCAAUGACCUGCUCCUAGAACUGAUACACAUGUUGAAUAGUGGGGGUCCGGGGGUUGGAGCCCCCAGUAAGCAGCCAGCCGGGGGUCCUAAGUUACCUUUGGUGCUCAGGAGCCGUCCUGGAGAGGCUUUCCAACCAUCUUCUGACGGAGCAGAGAGUGACGAAGCGGAAACAGAUGAUGAAGAAGAGGAAGUGGAGGAUAUUGACUCAUCAGAGGAAUGGGCGAAAAUAGUAACUGUUUUCGUGAUAGUGGUAAGACUACUUUUCACGCUACAGUCAAUGCGAGCUCUCCACUCUGUGGUAGCCAAGUUCUCCCACGAUGAACAACUUGCGUGGAAUUACAAGAAGAACUCGUCAGAAUGUGAUGACUUCCAGGCUCUACUCGGAGUAACAUGCGGAGAACUGUCCAGACUAGGAAUACACGCCACUGUCGGUGAGAUGGAUAUUACUAGUUACGUGUGGAGCUUACAGUCUAUUGAAGCUAAUUUACAGGCACUAUGUGUCCCACUCCUCCGUGAAGCAGUGCUACUAGGACACCACAUGUACGAGAAACCUCUCCCCGCCAGCACUCCUGGUUCUAGUGAGCUGGCACACCUAGCUGCAUGGCUGGACCUGGUUCCUAGUUCCAGCCAUUCCUCCUCUUCCCUUACCACUGCCAAAGUCCUGAACCUGCCCCGGGAUGUUCUGCUCAAGUUUAGUUGUGAUCUAGUGAGUCAGCUCCCCCUGCCCAGGGACAUGCCACACUCGCCACUCACUGAGCCGCUAAUGCCAUUAGUGCUGAACUGGGGACGUCCUCGACUGUUGACUCUACCUCGACUGUACGGUAAACUGUACCUCCAUUACCGACAUGUAAAGUGCAAAGUGUGCAGAGGAGUACCUCACGACCCAGCCCUGUGUUUAGUUUGUGGGCAGUUGGUAUGUGUCAGGUCACAAUGCUGUCAGUGGCUCAACACUGGAGAAUGUACCAAACACGCACAAAAGUGCGGAGCAGGAACAGCGAUCUAUCUGGUAAUAAUGAGCAGCACUGUUGUCAUUAUCCGGGGAGAGAGGGUUUACCUCUGGGGUAGUGUCUAUCUCGACCAGCAUGAUGAAGAAGAUAUAGAUUUGAAGCGCGGGAAGCCUCUGUAUCUCUCCCAAACAAGAUACAACUGUCUGAACCAACAGUGGAUAUCUCACUCCUUCGACCACACUCUCAAGAGAUGGGGCUGGCACCAGCAGCAGUUUUAACUAACUUAUAUUGUUUAUCACGUGCUUACAUGUUUGGAACCACGUGACGAGUUUCGUGUGCCCUGCUCGUAUGUAUAUAAUAUAUUACGAGGGUUUACUUUAAUGUUUAUUGCUUUAAAAUGCUGCCUCGGGAUAACUGCAUUGUUAAACUUCGUCGUAGAAGUUCCUAAACACUCAGAUCGGGCAAAAGUCAAUUCCAAUAAAGAUCCGGACCUUCAUCAAAAUGUUGAAUAUUGUGUUGUAGAACUAAAAGAUAUUUCUGUUUUUUCUUCUAAACAGUCGUGCCGUAAAAGGAAAAUUCCUUAAUAACUUAAUAACUAGUUUAUAUUCAGACCUCUGUUGUUUCGGUAACUAUGUAGAUACGAAAUCUCAAAACUUAUCAAAAUAUUUGUUGGGUUCAUUUUUUUCAAAAUUUGUAUUGAUUCACAGAACUUAUAAAAAAGCUUUUUUUGUAUAUUUUGGGCUUUGAGUUGCUGUAAAAUUUCAGGUUUAGUUUAAACCGGUACAUUCCGUGUUCUGUCUAGCCAAUGUAUGUACAAGACAAAGACUGUGAACUUGUUCCAACUUCCAGUAUUUGUUGAGCUAUUCUUUGCUUUUUGUUUAUCACAUUCAUUAGAAACUA